UUCUUUUCAAUUAAUCUUAUUUCUUCUUCCUCAUAAGAUGGAACAUUCACAUUCUUCCAUUAAUGCUCUAGCUCAAGAUGUUAAAGAAAACAUUUUCCUGAACGUUGACCCUUAUGCCCUUAUUGCCACGUCUGCUUAUGACACUGCAUGGCUAGCCAUGGUCCCUAACAAUUCUGACCCUUCGCAGCCCAUGUUCGAGAGUUGCUUGAACUGGGUGCUCACCAACCAGCACCAUGAUGGGUUUUGGGGAGAGUGCGAUGGCCAUGGCGAGCCCACUAUAGAGUGCCUUACGGCUACUAUUGCCUGCAUGGUUGCUCUUAAGAAAUGGAACGUUGGCCAGAAAAUGAUUAACAGAGGUAUGGAUUUUAUUGGAGCUAAUGCAGAAGAUCUUGUUAAAGAAUUAAUAUAUGAUGAAUGGUGGUUCGCCAUUAUCUUUCCGGCAAUGCUGGAGUUUGCACAUGAAAAUGGUCUUCACCUUGUCUUUUCGGAUCACUUAAAGGCCACUUUCAUGCACGUAUUUUAUAAAAGGCAAGAAAUCUUUCAAAGAGAGAAAGUUGUGGAGAAGCAGCAUUACCCUCCAUUGAUAUCUUAUUUGGAAACGUUGCCACUAUACAAUAUUGACAAAGAAGACGUAGCCAAGAAUUUGUGCAACGAUGGUUCACUAUUUCAAUCUCCUUCUGCCACAGCACAAGCUUUUAUGGCUACUGGAAACAAAGAUUGUUUAGCGUACAUGCAAUCUCUCGUCCAAAAAUGCCCUAAUGGAGUUCCACCAACGUAUCCCAUUGAUGAACAGCUGAUAAAGCUUAGCAUGGUGAACCAAAUACAAAAGCUAGGGCUGUCUGAGCAUUUCCAUCAAGAGAUUCAACAAGUAUUGAAACAAGUUCACAGGAAUUACAUGAAUCAAGAUUCACGACCAAAACAAAUCUCUUCAGUGGCACGAAAGUUAUAUAAAGAUUCAUUGGCAUUUUGGCUUCUUCGGAUGCAUGGAUAUAAUGUAUCACCUCGGAUCUUUUGCUGGUUUUUACAUGAUGAGGAAAUUAAAGAUCAUAUUCAAAAGAAUAGUGAUAUUUUUUCAAGUGUAAUGCUUAUUGUUCACAAAGCAACUGAUCUUAUGUUUCCUGGGGAAUAUGAACUUGAAGAGGCUAAAUUAUUUUCAAGAAACUUACUUGAAAAAAGCAUACCAAUGGAAACCGGAGUUCAAAAGAAUUAUUCAUUCCUAAAUUUCCAUAAUGUGAUCAAGCAUGAGUUGAGGUUUCCAUGGCUGGCUCGACUAGAUCACCUCGAACAUAGAAUGUGGAUUGAAGAAAGGAAUAAUUCUGCUUUAUGGAUGGAAAAAGCAUCCUUCGUUAGGUUGUCACUCCAUCACCAUGACAAGCUCAAGAAACUUGCCAUAAAAAAUUACGAAUUUCGGCAAUCUAUUUACAUGAAUGAAUUGGAGAAACUAAAAAGAUGGUCGAAAUUUUGGGGUCUGACUGAAAUGGGAUUUGGUAGAGAAAAAACAACAUAUUGUUACUUUGCAACUGCUGCAAGUGCUUCACUGCCUCAUGAUUCUGAUGUAAGAACUAUGGCUUCAAAGAGUGCAAUAAUUAUCACUGUUGCUGAUGAUUUUUAUGAUUCUGAGGGUUCUUUAGAUCAAUUGGAAAAAUUGACGGAUGCAAUUCAAAGGUGGGAUGGUAAAGGAUUGAGUGGCCACAGUAAGACUAUUUUUAAUGUUCUUGAUGAUCUUGUAAGAGAAAUGUCAGAAAAAUACCUCAAAAAACAUGGAACCGAUGACAUAACAAACAGUCUCCGAUUUAUAUGGUACGAGACAUUCAAUGCAUGGUUAACCGAAGCUAAGUGGAGCAGAAGUGGAUUCAUACCAUCAACACAAGAAUAUUUAGAAACCGGCAUGACAUCUAUUGCUACACAUACUAUGGUUCUUCCAUGUUCUUGUUUCUUGAAACCAAGUUUGCCAAAAAUGAUACCCAAUCCAACCCAACAUGAAACUGUUACGAAAUUGGUCAUGAUUAUCCCUCGUUUAUUGAAUGAUAUUCAGAGUUAUGAGAAGGAAAUGAAAGAAGGGAAAAUUAACAUGGUUUUACUACACAUGAAAGAGAAUCCCGAAGCAGAAAUAGAAGACUCAAUUGCACAUGUGAAACAAAUAAUAAAUCAAAAAAAGAAAGAGUUCAUGAAGCAAGCUUUAAUGGAUGACAUUAAUAUUUUACCAAAAGAAUUCAGACAUUUUCACUUAUCAUGCUUGAAAGCAUUUCAAAUGUUCUUCAACUCUAGCAAUGAAUUUGACUCUACCACCACAAAAAUGCUUCAAGACAUUCAAAAUGCAAUUUAUCUUCCUAUACAAGUCAACAAGCCAAAGCCUCCAUUGCAGCUUAUUCCUGAAGCUCCGAAGCGAUUACAAACAGUUGCGAGCUAUCGUCGUGUUGAUCACCGGCUCAACCAUUACAAUAUUAACUAUACUUCGAAACGUAAUAUUAGUAUAAAACGUCGAUCCGUGGCUAUGUCGGCUAUGCCGUUAAGCUUUGGACUAUGUUUCAUAUAAAUUAAUAAGCUCAAGAAUGCAAUCAUUUAGCUCCUUCAAUUUGGGAUAAAAGAUUAAAAAAGUUUAAAUUUGUAGUUUUAGAUAAAAAAAAAUAACAAUUUGAACUUUUAAUACGGUUAUAUCAGUUACUUCAAAUCCAAGUAAAGUAGUUUUAGAGAUCCUCCGGCUCAUCAAGAAAGCAUGGAGUGCAUGUAAUUCUUUGAGUUUGUUAGCUGAGUUAAUCCUGUGUAAUUAGAUGUAUGAUUAGUUCUUAGCUUAUUUUGAGCUCUAUAAUUAGAGCUCUUUUAGCUUUAAA